AUGGUCGAUGCAAGGGCUGGCAAACAACAUGGCAGCUACAAGUCAGGCAUCAUCCUGCCUGACUCUGCACAACCAUCGCCCACGGCGGGCGUUCAGUCCGAUAUUAAAGGAAACCAAGGGCCACCACCACAGAGGCAAGUGCCAGCUGCUAUGUAUGACUGGAGUCCUGAAAUCCAGGGAAUCAUCCUUAGCUCACUCAACUAUGGCUCAUUCUUGGCUCCAAUCCCCAGUGGCUAUCUGGCUGAAAUAUUUGGAACCAAGUACUUGGCUGGUGCUGGCAUGUUUAUUACCUCAGUCCUGACCAUCUUCACUCCACUAGCAGCUGAUACUGGAGUGACUUUCCUCAUUGUCCUACAGAUCAUCCAAGGCAUUGUCCAGGUUAUGUUAUUAACAAGUCAGUAUUCAAUCUGGGCCAGAUGGGUUCCACCAACGGAAAGGAGUGAGCUCAUCACCAUUGCUGUAUCAGGGUCAGUGCUGGGCUUCUUCAUCAUCCUCCUGGUUGGUGGUCACCUCUGCCAGACCAUAGGAUGGCCUUAUGUCUUCUAUAUCUUUGGUGGUAUUGGCUGCAUCUGUUCUUUUCUCUGGUUUGCUCUCAUUUAUGAUGACCCCGUGAAUCAUCCGUUUAUCAGCACUAGUGAGAAGGAAUACAUCAUCUGUUCACUGGCUCAAGAGGAUUCUCCACCAGGCUGAUCUCUUCCCAUUAAGGCUAUGAUCAAAUCCCCACUUUGGAGCAUUCUCGUCUUUUAUUUCAGUGACUACUGGCAUUAUUUUGUUAUCAGGUCAUACCUACCAACAUACAUCGGCUCUGUACUUCAAGCUAACAUCAGAGAUAGUGGGAUGCUGUCAGCCCUGCCAUUUGUUUCUGCCUGUAUCUGCAUUGUCCCUGGAGAUCUACUGGCAGAUUUUCUUCUCUCCAGAAAAAUCCUCAGACUCAAUACCAUCAGGAAACUCUUCACUGCCAUAGGGGUUCUCCUCCCUUCUGCUUUCUUCGUGUCCCUUUUCUGGGUCAGAUCCAGCUUCAGUGUCACUGUGGCCUUCUUGAUACUGUCUUUUGCCACCAAAAACCUCAGCCAAUCAGGAGCCCUUGUCAACUUCAUGGAUAUUGCUCCUCGGUACAGUGCCUUACUCAGGGGACUAUCACAAAUCUUUUCUUACAUAGCAGAAGCCAUCUCUCCCACAGUUGCCAGAUUUUUCAUCAGUCAGGACUCAGAGUUCGGUUGGAGGAAUGUCUUCUUGCUUUCAGCUGCUGUGAACAUAGCAGGCCUGUUUUUCUACCUCAUCUUCGGCCAAGCAGAGGUGCAGGACUGGGCUAAAGGUAGAUGUGCACCCGCUUCUGAGCAAACCGAGUGA